AUUUUCUCGUGGCUUUGGAUUGCGGUUGUUUUCGUGGCUUCGAAGUGAAAUCUCUUGGUGUCGUUUUCCUCCUUGAAACGUGAGAGAUUUUAAUUCUUUUGAGGUUGUGGAAGUUCGAAAUCACUACACACCGAUCAUCAAUCGUGUUGUAGCAAUCUGAGGAUCUAAUCCAUCUAUUCUGAUGUUCUGUGAGUAUUGAGCUUAUCCAAUCUGUUCUCGUUCCAAGAAUAUCACAGAAUUUUGGAAAUUUCUCGAGAUGGGUUUUCGUUUGAAUCCGAUGAUAUCUCGUAUUCGUUAGGCAAAAUCAGUCGGGUUGGAUCAAUUUUUGUCUAAAUUCCGAUGAAAUCACGUUUUACCCGCCGGUGCAUGAUUUAUCAUUUCUCAAGUGUUCGUUGAUCCAUCUGGUUUCGGACACGAGUUGGGUUCUUCAGACAGUUUCCGAGCUGCUGAGUUGAUUCUUAUUUUUGUUGGUAAGAGAAAAAUGAGUUCCCAGAAUGACGCCGACUCAACCAGGUUGAGUUACUGGUUGAACUGGAGGGUCUUUCUCUGUGAGAUAUGGGUAUUGGCUCCUGUGGUUGGAGCAUUGUUUAUCAUAUGGAAGUACGAGGAUCGUUCAGUUGAAACAAGGGCAAACGAUGAUGAUGAUGAUGAUGAUGAUGGUAAGGGGAGACAGGAUUUGAGUGUUGAUGAUGUUUGGAGACCUUGUCUUAAUCAAAUCCAUCCGGGUUGGUUGCUUGGUUUCCGGGUUCUCGCGUUUUGCUUCCUUCUUGCGACAACAAUUGUUCGGCUUCUUGUUCGUGGAUGGAGUAUUUUCUACUACUACACUCAGUGGACGUUUACAUUGUUGACGAUAUAUUUCGGGUUGGGAUCGUUGCUUUCAGUGUAUGGAUGUUCUCAAUGUGGGAGACAACAGAGCAUGAGAGUUACUACCGACCGAAGUGGAACUGUCCCAGAGAACGGACAUCGUCAGCCCUUUAUAGAAGGAGAGGGCAUGAAUAGCACUAAAAAUAGAAAAAUUGCAGGUGCUCGAGUGGUAUCAAAAGCUCUUGAUUCCUGUAUUCAUCUCUUUCAAAUAAUCUUUCAGAUGAGUGCAGGAGCAAUUGUGCUUACAGACUGCAUAUAUUGGGGUGUGAUUUUCCCAUAUCUUUCUAUCCAAGACUACGAUCUAAAUUUUAUGACGGUGAAUUUGCACUCGAGCAACCUCGUUUUACUGCUUUGUGACACAGCUCUGAACUGCCUGAGAUUUCCCUUGUUCAGGAUCUCUUACUUCGUCUUGUGGACGGGCAGUUUCGUCGUUUUCCAGUGGAUAAUCCAUGCCUGCAUCUCCGUUAGGUGGCCGUACCCAUUUCUCGACUUGUCGUCUCCGAUGGCGCCCCUAUGGUAUUUGACAGUGGCACUGAUGCAUCUUCCUUGCUACGGCUUAUUUGCUCUACUAGUCAGAAUCAAACACAUUUUGUUGCCCCAGUGAUUUUCAGACAGCAGCGCGAUCAGACAAACCCAUUCCUGUUCUAUAUCUGAUUUUUUCAAACACCAACAACAAAAUCCAUGGGAAUCAAAACAUUGACUUCACGUUGUAAGAGUCGUUCCUUCCAUUCUUCAAAGGUUUUUACAUCCAAAUGUAUAAGCAUUGAGACAGGGUGGUCUUGCAUUUCCCAUGUGAAGCUGACCCGUCCGUACGGAAGGACAUACGACAAGAAACUGGAUUCUCUGUGUGUUAGUCAUGUUGGGCCUUAUUGGGCCCCGAUGACCACAAAGCCCAUGUAUGUUUUAACCUUCACACGUGCUACAAAGAAAUAAUGUAAUUUUUUUUUGUCAAAGAAGAAAUAAUGUGAUCUUUUUCCCUA